AUGGAGUCUGGAUCAAUCCCUGUAUUGUUUAGUGGGCUUGUUGAUUGUAUAGCUCAGUUAAUAAGAAUAGCUGAAGAGCUUUUACAGCUGAUUUCCCAAGAGCGAGGUCCUCAUGUAGAGCUGAAUGAUAGAGUAGAACAGAUAGAAGUAGAUCCUGCUGAGGAAGCGUCAUUACCAGACCUUUCUAAUUUCUUAGAUUUAGAAUCAAUACUUACACCAAGAGAAGAUGAAGACCUAAUAUUUGAUAUAGAUGAAGCCAUGCUAAACAUAGAAGAAUUAUAUGAAGAUGUACUCUCUGGUAUGAACAAUGAGUUAAGAAGUGGAUAA